CUACGUUGUCAUAGUGAAGUUGACAAGCACUAAACACUCUGUGUUUGGGUUCAGUGCACAUGCGGAGUUCCGGGGAUAAAACCUGACACAGAAGGAAACUCACAGCCGGAUCAGGGUUUUUAUAAGGACAAUGUCAAGUACUGAACCUUGGGUUGGUACCUGGAGGCCCCACAAGCCAAGAGGACCCAUAGCUGCACUCUACGGUAACCCAGGGCCCAAAUAUCCACUGCCUGGUCUCUUAGGUGCUUCGAAACACGAUCCUACUAAAUACAAAGCACCAAUGUUCAGCUUUGGGACCCGUCAUAAUCAUUCCAACUCUGACUGCUCCCCUGGACCGAGAUACCUCAUUCCUUCUAAUAUCACCAGAGCAGGACAAGGCGGCACACCUGCGUUUUCACUCCACAGCCGUACAAAGGAGCCAGGAUCAUUCCAAGGCCCAGGACCAUGCAAAUACUCCCCAGAGCAUUCAGGAAAGUUGAUCUUCCGCACUGCUCCUGCCUUUUCGCUUUCUGGGAGGAUUAAAGAAAGGAGCAGUGGCCAAAUGCCAGGUCCGUCCUCCUACACUCUGCCACCUGUGCUGGGGUCCAAAACUGUAAUGACACCUGCAGCUCCUUCCUACUCACUCUGUGGCCGCAGCAAAUCUGGAAGCUUCCAUGAGGACCUGAAAAAAACUCCUGGUCCUGCUGCCUACAAAGUCGUGGAUCCUUGUAUCUACCAGAAAAAACCUCCCCAGUACAGCAUGAAAGGGCGGAACUUCGUACCUGGUGAAAACACACAAAAACCAGGACCUGGUGCACACUCUCCUGAAAGGGUGAUCUUAACAAGACCUAAAGCUCCAAGCUUCACCUUUGGACUGCGUCACUCACAAUACAUCUCACCUCUCAUUGUCCAUGUGACUGAUUAAUGUCACUUAUGAUCUCUUAACUUGACUGGAAAUUCCCUCAGCAGUAUCAAAUAAACCUCGAAAAGGAAUCUCAA